GACGCGCUCUUCGACAAGCCGCCCUCGAAGCUGCGCAAGAACAAGUCCUCCGCUGCCAAAGUGCCCGUCAAAUUCAAUAAAAAGAAAGGAAUCAAAACCCAAGUGGGAGUCAAAAUCGACGAGGAUAAUCUGAAAAUCUUGGAUGACCUGCCGAGCUCCGCAGUCGAGAUGCAGGUCAAGAGCAAGUUCUUGAAGAAGCUGAACCGGCAGGAGCGCGUGGUGGAGGAGGUGAAGCUGGUGCUGAAGCCGCACUACAACAAGAAACACGUCACCAAGGAGGAGUACAAGGAUAUACUGCGCCGCGCAGUGCCCAAGAUUUGUCACAACAAAACGGGCGAAAUAAAUCCGACCAAGAUCCAAGCGCUAGUUGAGGCGUACGUGAAGAAGUUUAGGAAAAAGCACAAGCUGGGGCUGGCGUAGCGCGGGCGGUGCGCGCACUGCGCAGACCUCGGCCAGUGUGCGCAGUGCGCAGAUGCGCAGAGCGUGGGCAGUGCGCAGAGCGUGCCCAGUACGCAGAGUGCGGAGAGUGCGUAGUGCGUAGUGCGCAGUGCGCAGUGAGGGGAGUGUAUCAUAGUGCCGGCAGACAAUCACAUUAUUGUAAUUAUAAUUUAUGUAUGGUCACUGUAUCUUACGUAUGUUUUAUUUAAAUAAAAUUAAUAUAGAGUUUACUUGAAAUAUAGAACUUUUUUAAAC